AUGGUGUUGUACCAUGGAGCUGUAAGGGAAGAUUCUAUUAAAACUACUUUAGCACAGGACGACUAUCAGUUUAUUGUAGCCUCGGAAUCCAUACAAGACACUGGAGCAGUUGCAAGCUCUCGGGCUGCUGAAAUUGGGCUUGAUAUUCUAGCACAAACAAUCCAUGAUGAUUUAGAUAACAUAACUCGUUUUCUAAUACUAGCAAGAGAACCUAUAAUCCCAGGAAUUGACAAGCCCUAUAAGACGAGCAUUGUGUUUACAUUAGAAGAAGGCCCUAGGGUCUUGUUCAAUGCUUUAGCUGUGUUUGCUCUAAGGGAGACCAACUUAUCAAAAGUAAGUUAUUUUUUUCACCCUUUUAUUUAAUAUUUUUGUGAUUGAAUGAAACUCUUAAUGAAAGUA